AUGGAGGACGACUGGACCUUCGUCUUCGGGUCAGGAUAUAGCUACGCAGACACUCUAAGGCAGCGAAUUAAGACUCCGGCAAAUACGAAGACCAAGUCCGCUGCUUCCAAGCCUACGAAGAAUCCCACCUCUCGAAAGCAGAAGAUACCUCGUCGACUGGGAAAGCACAACUAUGCUUCAAAGUCCUCGGUAGAUCACGGUUCGCGGAGGCGCAAGGCUUUUAGGUCCCGAAGACGCCUCGUCUACGACAACGAGUCAGACUUCACAUCCCACUACGAUGCCGCCAACUACGAACUAGCAGGUCGCGACAUAGCCAACACAUUCUUCGACCUUCGCUCGGGAGCCAAAGCCCGGCACCGCCACAAGGACCGCUUGGACAGAUAUUGGAGCUUCCGCGCCGUGAACUCGGGUCAACCCGACUUCGACUGUCCCCUCCAGGAAUCUCACACGGUAAAGAUGACAAAGCAAACCCUACACCAAGAAGCACAAAACUGGCCUCGACCACCCAAGAACCACCACCGUCACUCUGACAAGAACAGGGAUAUCCUGUCCCCACGCCGUGCUCUCAGGAUCAAGAACAAGAAGCACGCGCGUAACGACCAACAGGACUACCACGAGAACGAGUUCGACUCAACCUAUCAAUACUACACCACCGGCGACUCCUCACUCUUCUGGCGCAACCGAGAGAUCGAGUACGAGCGAGAGAACUUCCGGGAAGAAGAUUCACCUUUUCUGAGCUCAUGGCCCGGCUGCGGUGAAGACCUACGGGGCGGCAGUGGUGAGCAUGAGGGGUGGAGGUGGAGGUGGUGCGCAAAGUGCGGUGAGCUCGAGGUCCAGAUGAAGGCGUGUCCGGUCUGGGACGAGGUGGCGUUGAAUGCAUUCGUUGCUCCAACUGCUUUUCAUAAGGAGCUAAAUGCGGAGAGGUCGUGCGGUAUUGCCUGUUAUAGUGUGGAGUCUGAUGUGACGUGUGAGCUGGAGGAGCUAGUAGAGAUGUUCUUGGGCGCAAGGUUUGAUGAUGCUGAGCAGAGCGAUGAUGCCAGCGAGUGGGAAAUGGUGUAG